AAUGAUCUUACUGAUAAGCAGGUCAAACGGAUUUUCGAGAUUUUAGUCUUCGGCAGGCCUCUAUCGGCAAAUGUUCUUCAGAAUGUUGGCUCAAAGUGAAAAUAACAAAUAUCACGGGAAAAUUGUGAAUUUGGAAACGGCCAUCGAGGUUGCAGAUUUCGGAAAAUAUCACGCACUACUUAUACUCAUUUGCGGCACUUGUUUGUCUAUCGGUAUUUUUGAAUCUUUGGGUAUAAGUUUCAUACUGCCUGUUGCACAAUAUGACCUCGAUCUUGAUACCUUUGACAAGGGUGUGAUAUCAGGAUCAAUUUAUUUGGGGAUGAUCCUGAGCUUCCACGGCUGGGGAUUUUGCGCCGACGUUUUCGGCAGGAAGCCGAUCCUCUUGAUAACUUUCUUCUGCACCUGGUUCUCAAGUUUCCUGUCGAGCUUAGCACCGGAUUUUUUCACCUUUACGACCUUCAGAUUUUUUACGGGCAUCUUUCUCUGUGGAUUGUCAUCCACAGUUUAUCCCUAUCUCAGCGAAUUCCUACCAGCCAGGAACAGGUCGUUCAUUAUGACUUGGACCUGCGGCUUCAUCGCAUUGGGCUUUCUGGUGAUACCGGCUCUCUCAUGGCUCAUAUUGCCUUUGGAUAUAAACUAUGAUCUUGGUUUCGUAAAGUUCAGAUCGUGGCGUCUCUUAAUUAUUGUCAUGGGACUGCCAUGCCUUUUCACUGCUUUUAUCUUGAUGCGCUAUUCGGAAAGCCCAAAGUUUUUGAUGUCAAAGGGAAAGAAGGAGGAAGCUCUGCAGGUUCUACGAAGAAUGUACGCAGUUAACAAAAAUAAGUCCGAGGAAGAUUAUCCGGUGAAAGACUUGGAAUUUGAGAUUCAGCAGAAUGAGGAAAAUGACGAAUUGCACAAUUCUGCUGGUCAGAACUCCAAUGUUGCACAAUUUUUUAAAUUGGUUUGGCGACAGACCGUCGCACUUUUUUUACCACCGUACCUGUUCACUACACUCUUGUUUUGCACUUUGCAAUUUGGCAUUUACGGCAUUUCAGCUGGAAUGUAUCUGUGGGUACCAGAUAUAUUGAACACCAUGACCGCUAUCGAGUCGACAAAUAGUUACGGACUAGUUUGCGCGGCGAUUCAGUCCGCAAAAAGUGCAAACUCAACGGUGACCGAAUCCGUCGUUAUUGGUACUAUCGAUACCUCAGUCUACAAGAGUACCCUCAUCCUCGGAGGCUCUUAUGUCUUGUCCUACACAACCAUUGGCGGCCUCGUUAAAUUGCUGGGUCAAAAAAAAGUGCUUGUAUCAGCAUUAUUUGUCAGUGGAUUCUCAGGCAUUGGCAUGUACUUCACAAGUAGCGACGUCUUCGUUAGAGUAUUCAUGACGCUCCUCGUCAUCCUUUCAGGGACCAAUAUCAGCGUUCUCAGCGCUACUAUUGUGGAUCUGUAUCCCACCAAUUUAAGGGCAAUGGCCGUAUCCUUGGCAUUAACUAGCGGUCGCCUAGGUACUAGUGUCGUUGGGAAUAUCAUUGGAAUUCUCAUCGAGCGUAAUUGCACUGUCGCCAUUAUCGGAGUCGGAAGCGUGGUUCUUGUAUGUGGAUUUUUGUGCGUAUUCAUACCAAAUCCGAGGAACCAAGGAAAAUCCGAUAGUCGAAAUGAAAAUUGUGUAACAAUGGAAGAAGUGUCAAGAUCCAAUUAAACAAAAAAAAAUAUUCAAAUGAAUUGGUGCAAGAAUUAAAACUUCCGAUUGUACGACAACAGUCUUCAGCAGCGAAUUACGUGAAAGUUUUGUAAUCGAAAUCAUUUUUCUUUACUGUGUAAAUAAGAGUAAAUCAAACGAUGUAAAGGCGACGGUCAGUACGAUAAUGGGUUUGAAGAAAUUCGCAAUGACGAUACAUUUGACUGGGCGGCUGAUUAAAUCUAUCUUGUGUUCUCCCAAUGAGAAUCGCUGUAGUAGAUUUAUGGAGCAAUCAAUUAGCGAUACUUUACGAACGUUCUAAUUAACGCUAACGAACCGUAGUCUCGUUCAACGGCAAAUCAUUCCCGAUCCUCUAAUUAACGUCACGAAACGUCAUCGCACCCGUCAUCUUCUACUCCACUCACCGAGCAUCCCAUAAAUGGACCCCAUUGUACCAUUCAGAGUAGUCGAAUCAAUCAGCAUCAUAAUCGUCCAGUAGGAUCAUGAACAAUCGCCUUAAACUUUAUCAAGUUUCACAUUGACUUCCGUCUUUGAAACUUGACGUCACGAUACAUCGCGAUUCAAUUGUUUAUGACCCUACUUGAUUAAACAUAUACAUAAAAAAUAAUAAUUGAUAUAUUUUGUUCCGUUUCCAAGAACUAAUCAAGAUCGGUCAAUAAAUAUUUUCGACAAUUUUAUAAUAAAAAAAGGUGAAUAAGAGGUAAGUUUAUAAGAAAACAAAAAGAAAACCGUAUUUCAAAAUGAAUUACUAGUUCCUAUUCGGAUCCAGUAUUUUUCGUAGAUAGGUAUCUCUUUGAGCUCUUACUUGAAUCUCCUUUCUCUUUUACUUUUUACCUUUAUCCAUCCUUUCCCAUAUAUAUACGUAUAUAUAAAUACAGAUAUACGAUGUACCAAAGAGCCUCGCGACGUGUGCCACCCGCUUAAAGCAAUCUCAAUUCAAUUCCAAGCACGAAAGGUCCGUAGGGGAUGCUAACGUGUUUCGGUUCCAUUAUACGUAUAUAUCUACUGAUGUGACACAUAGUCACAUUUAACAACGUGUACGUAUGCGUAAAACUUAUGGGCAAUGCAUAUACAAAUAAACAAAAAUAUCAA